AGCAUGGUUGAACUAUUCUCACUCCUCGGCUUCCCCGCGCGUGUGGCCGGGCGGGCCCUCCUCGCAUUUCGGUACAUCUCCGGUAGGGUUUCGACAGUCAGAGUGAAGAGCGAGUACGCAGAACGGCGAUUCGGGAAGAGUGUUCGGUGGCGACCUUGGCUUAUGAUCGAUGUGAAAGAGCUGGAAGCGUUGGAGGAGCUAAUUAAUCGGGGGAGCGAUGCGCAGGUCGAGUCUUGGAGGGUUAGCCAACUAAGUGUUUGUGGUAUGAUUGCUAUUAUUGGCGCCCUCGUCGCCCAAGCCGGCCUUACCGCCCUCCAGCUCCCCUCCCUCGAAGAUGUGCACUACGUCGCUCGUGCCGUCUUUACCAUGUCCCUCAUCCUCUCCCUUCUCGCCGUAUUUUUCUCAGGACUGCAGCAAUCUUCCUUCGGUCGUGCGUCCGAGCCCAAGGAUCUAAGACUAUGGCUUUCCAGCGGUGUGCGCUGGGACGAAGCGAAUAUGAAGGGGGAAUUGCAGAGCUCUAUGGUUGCGCACAUGAUUCUUCAGGCCCCGUUUGAGAUUGUGGUGAUGAGCAUUACCUUGUUCGUGGUUGGCUUCGGGGUAUAUCUCGGGAGUAGCUGGAAGGCCGGAUUAAAGUUGAACGAGGGGAGCCAGGGCAAUCGCGCGGUGCUGAUUGCGUUCGUUGUCCCGACGGUUUUUGUAUUGCUCAUGUAUGGGCAUAUGAUGGGGCUCAAGGAUCGCGAGUUAGGACAGAUGGGUGACUUAGAUGAUACACAGGUGACAAGUGCGGAUCUGAAGUUG